GCCCCACAGCGGGCUAUAAGUUAACCCGCGCUGGGCCGCUGCAUUGGCCGCUGCAGGGGUCUGCGCUUGGAGGGUCUCGCUGCCAGCCCGAGGAGCUCCCGCCACUGCGUGACCAUGGCUGAGGAUCUGGUGCUGGAGAGAUGUGACCUGGAACUGGAGGCCAAUGGCCAGGACCACCACACGGCUGACCUGUGCCGGGAGAGGCUGGUGGUGAGGCGAGGCCAGCCCUUCCGGGCAACACUGCACUUCGAGGGUCGCAACUACGAGUCCAGUGUGGACAAGCUCACCUUCAGCGCUGUGACCGGCCCAGCCCCCAGCGAGGAGGCCGGGACCAAGGCUCGCUUCCCACUGUCCGACGCUGUGGAGGAGGGUGCCUGGACAGCCACUGUGGUGGACCAGCAGGACAGUGUCCUCUCGCUGCAGUUCAGCACCCCGGCCCACGCCCCCAUCGGCCUGUACCGCCUCAGCCUGGAGGCCUCCACUGGCUACCAGGGCUCCAGCUUUGUGCUGGGCCACUUCACCCUGCUCUUCAACUGCUGGUGCCCAGCGGAUCCUGUGUACCUGGACUCGGAAGAGGAGCGGCGGGAGUACGUCCUUACCCAGCAGGGCUUCAUCUACCAGGGCUCGGCCAAGUUCAUCAAGAGUAUACCUUGGAACUUUGGGCAGUUUGAAGAUGGGAUCUUGGACAUCUGCUUGAUGCUCUUGGAUGUCAAUCCCAAGUUCCUGAAGGACUCUGGCCGUGACUGCUCCCGCCGCAGCAACCCUGUCUAUGUGGGCCGGGUGGUGAGUGGCAUGGUCAACUGCAAUGAUGACCAGGGCGUGCUGCUGGGACGCUGGGACAACAACUACGGGGAUGGAGUCAGCCCCAUGUUCUGGAUUGGCAGUGUGGACAUCCUGCAGCGCUGGAAGGAGGGCGGCUGCCAGCGGGUCAAGUAUGGCCAGUGCUGGGUUUUUGCCGCUGUGGCCUGCACAGUGCUGCGUUGCCUCGGCAUCCCUACCCGCGUCGUGACCAACUACAACUCAGCCCACGACCAGAACAGCAACCUGCUCAUUGAGUACUUCCGCAAUGAAUUCGGAGAGAUCGAGGGAGACAAGAGCGAGAUGAUCUGGAACUUCCACUGCUGGGUGGAGUCAUGGAUGACCAGACCGGACCUGCAGCCAGGGUAUGAGGGGUGGCAGGCCCUCGACCCAACACCCCAGGAGAAGAGUGAAGGCACAUACUGCUGUGGCCCGGUGCCAGUGCGUGCUAUUAAGGAGGGUGACCUGACCACCAAGUACGACGCACCUUUUGUCUUUGCUGAAGUCAACGCUGAUGUGGUGGACUGGAUCCGGCAGGAUGAUGGGUCCAUGCACAAAUCCAUCAACCGGUCCCUGGUUGUGGGGCUGAAGAUCAGUACUAAGAGUGUGGGCCGUGACGAGCGGGAGGACAUCACCCACACCUACAAAUACCCAGAGGGGUCCCCCGAGGAGAGGGAGGCCUUCACGAGGGCCAACCACCUGAACAAGCUGACUGAGAAAGAGGAGAAGGGGGUGGCCAUGCGCAUCCGUGUGGGCCAGAGCAUGGGCGUAGGCAACGACUUCGACGUCUUUGCCCACAUCACCAACGACACUGGCGAGGACCACGCCUGCCGCCUCCUGCUGUGUGCCCGCACCGUCAGCUACAACGGGGUCCUGGGGCCUGAGUGCGGCACUAAGGACCUGCUUGAUCUUACUCUGGAGCCCUUCUCUGAGAAGAGCAUCCCUCUGCGCAUCCUCUAUGAGAAGUACCGCGACUGCCUGACGGAGUCGAACCUCAUCAAGGUGCGGGGCCUCCUCAUCGAGCCGGCCACCAACAGCUACCUGCUGGCCGAGCGGGACCUCUACCUGGAGAAUCCAGAAAUCAAGAUCCGGAUCCUGGGGGAGCCCAAGCAGAAUCGCAAGCUGGCGGCUGAGGUAUCCCUGCAGAACCCACUCACUGUGCCGCUGCUGGGCUGCAUCUUCACCGUGGAGGGGGCUGGCCUGACGGAGAAGCAGAAGGCCGUGGAGAUCCCUGACCCUGUGGAGGCGGGAGAGGUAGCCAAGGUGAGGGUGGACCUGAUGCCACGCCAUGUAGGCCUCAACAAGCUGGUGGUGAACUUCGAGAGCGACAAGCUGAAGUCUGUGAAGGGCUACCGGAAUGUCAUCAUUGGCCCCUCCUAAGGGACUCCCGUGCCCAGCCCCACCUCAGCCUGCUGAGGGCCUCCAACAUGACCCCCAAACAUUAUUCCAAGCCAGUGAGCAAAAUUUGCCCCUUCUUGGGCCCGAGACCCCAGGACAGGGCUGGGCUGCUUGUAGGAGCUCUUCAGAAUUGAAUGUAUUUCUGACCCAUCUUGUCCCCCGAGCCCAGCUCCCCACCACCCUUCUUAGCUGUGAGGAAUGUUCUGUGCCACCACGGUGGGAGCCCUGACCUUGG